AAAAAGCACUUGGAAGGAAGAGAAAAACGAUGGGGAAUGCCAUCAAAAUAUUGAAAACCACACCUGAAGUGAAGACUACACCUUGGCAAUCAGGCCAGAGAAGUGAUUUUCUUGCUGUUCUGCAUGACUAUCCCACGCCGGAUAUAAGCCAGCCUAUAUUUCAAGUUGGGGAGAAACUACGUGUGAUAUCAGACGAGGGUGUCUGGUGGAAAGCUUGCUCACUGACUACUGGAAAAGAACAUUACAUUCCGGAAAAUUGUGUUGCCAGAGUUUUCCACGGCUGGUUAUUUGAAGGUAUCGGCAGAGAAAAAGCUGAAGAACUUCUGCUCCUUCCCAAUAACAAAACUGGCUCUUUCAUGAUUAGAAAAAGCGAAACAACAAAUGGUUUUUAUUCACUGUCAGUCCGGCACGUGAACGUGAAGCAUUACAGAAUCUUCCGCUUGCCAAACAAUUGGUAUUACAUUUCGCCUCGGCAAACGUUUCAGUGUCUUGAGGACCUCGUAAACCACUAUUCUGAGGUGGCUGAUGGCCUGUGUUGUAUCCUCACAUCUCCUUGUCUAACUCAACACACCAGUAUCCACGAUGUGAGGAAUCAAGAGCCCCCCGUGGUGAUGCGCAACAAAACCUUGUGGAAUCAUGUGCAAAGGUCUAGGGAGUGUGACGGCGACAUCGCAGACAUGCUCAGAUUGGAAGACUCCGGCCUUAGCUACGGUCUCCGAAACAGCAUCGCUUCUUACCUUGCUCUAACUAUGGACGACGAUUCUUCUUUUGUGAGAAAGAAAGUGGCCAAAGUUUUUGAGCUUCAGUGCCUGUCCUUAUUCAUCUGA